AUGCCCUGUUCAAAAAUUGGUAUUGCUUAUGAAACAUUUGUGGUUACACAUGUUGACUUUCAUCAAGUAUGUUCUAGUACAUUUGUUAAACAAAUAUGGAUAAAUUCAAUCAUUUUACAAAAUCCUGUUGUAUCUUCAACUAUAUAUGAUAUUCGAUAUUAUCUGAAAUUUUUUUGGGAAUUCAUAGCUGGCUUUUGUUCAGUGAGCAAUAGUACUUGGGUUGAUGCUGUAACAAGUUUUAGUGCACUACGUAUUGUUAGUCCCAUGGCAAUAGAUAAACAGAAUCUUCGAAUUCAAGCUCAAAUUAUACUUGAUAGUUCUAUAUUAACAGCUCAAGUUGUAUUGACUCGCCAUUUACUUGCUAUUCGACGUACAACUACUGAAAAUCAGUUCGUAUCUGGUUUAAAUGCAAAUGUUUAUUUAAGCUAUUCAUCUCCAGAUCUUAACAAUACAAAUAUUCCAAAGAUGUGGCCAAGAGUAUAUAAUAAUUGUUCCUGCUUGAAUUAUCGUGGUUGUCCACAUUCAAUUCUCAUUAAUAAUAGUCAUCAACAAUCCGUUACGAUACCUGGCAUGAUCGGUGAUUGUUUUAUUGGCGAUGCUACACUAGCUUCAACACUCGAAUCCUACUAUAAUUCGGCAUGUUUUUCUCUGUUGCAUAAAGAAUCAAGCAAAAACGUUAGCUUAUUACUGAAUAGUUCAAGCAAUCAUUUCCUUACUAAUUCUACAAUCCAAAUGUUUUUCAACGAAACCAUGAUUGAUAGUUGGAGCACUGAAAUUAUGUUUGAAUCAUUUUACUAA